AUGGUAGAGGGUUCAGGAUCACUGCCAGCAGAGGCUCUAGGAACUGGAGAUGCGGCUAGGCAGAGGAGGGGGACUGCGGUCUCGAGCUCGUGGUCAACUGGUCUUGCUCUUGGACUCUUGGUUCGAUUCAAAAAUCUUCAAGCUUGGAUAAUGGCAGGUAAUACUUCUUCCUCAACAUCUAAUGCAAUGUCGAAGGUGGAUAGAAAUACUGUUAAAGCUCAUGUGUUGAAGUUAUUUAAGAGUGAAAAAGUGAAACUUCAAACUUUGUUAAGUUCUGUUCAAGGGAGACUUUGUUUGACUGCUGAUUUGUGGACCUCUUUAGCAAUUGAUGGGUAUUUGACAAUUACGGCUCACUUUGUUGAUUCGGAAUGGAGAUUGAGAAAGAAGAUUACAAAUUUCUGUCAUAUGCUUCCUCCGCACAAUGGUGUUGCACUAGCUGAUAAGAUUCUUUCAUGUUCGGUGUUGUGCUCACAUCAAGUUCAAGAUGGAUUGAAAGCAAUUGAUCCUUCUGUGAUAAAGGUACAUGAUUGCAUCAAAUACAUAAAGGGUUCUUCGGCAAGAAAAGAAAGAUUUUUGGAGUGUGUUGCACAAGUUGGAUUGAGAGGUAGUAGAAGAGGUUUGAGGCAAGAUGUGCCUACUAGGUGGAAUUCUACUUAUUUGAUGCUUGAUAGUGCUCUCUACUAUCGCCGAGCUUUGAUGAAUUUGGGCUUAAGUGACAAUGAUUGCAAGUUGUGUCCUGUUGCUGAUGAGUGGGCUAAAAUAGAGAAGAUCACCAAAUUUUUGGGAUAUUUUUAUGAAGUAACGUGGCUAUUUUCUGGAACAAAAUACCCUACUUCAAACUUGUUCUUUCCGAAAGUGUUCAUUGUUCAGCAUAGUAUACAGGAAGCCAUGAUGGAUCACGAUAGUUUCAUGAGGCGGAUGGGGAUGGAGAUGAAUCUAAAGUUUGAGAAGUACUGGUCAGAUUAUAGCUUGAUUCUUGGAAUUGCAGUUGUUAUGGAUCCUAGGUUUAAGAUGCAAUUUGUGGAGUGGGCUUAUGACAAGCUUUAUGGUCCAGAUUCUUCACAAUUAGAGGUCUUUAAUGAUACAUUGUCUUCUUUAUUUGAUGCAUACGUGGAGAAGAGCUUUGAUCAUAAUGAUUCAAAUAACUCAAUAGAUGAGGGUUCUUCUCAAGCACAAGGUGAUCACAGCUUACUUGAGGCUUUUGAUAACGCUUACAAAAUUGGUUCGAGUUCAAGUAUGAAGACAGAAUUGAGCAAGUAUUUGGAUGAAGUAAGGCUAGAAAGAAAGCAAGAGUUGGAUGUACUUUCUUGGUGGAAAAUGGAGCAAAUCCGAUAUCCUAUUCUUUUUCAUCUAGCUCGUGAUGUGCUCACAAUUCCCAUUUCUACCAUUGCAUCUGAAUCGGCCUUUAGCAUUGGCGGGAGAGUUUUAGAUCAAUACCGCAGCUCACUGUUGCCUGACACAGUUCAAGCUUUGCUUUGUACUCGAGAUUGGAUUUUUGGUAACAAAGAAAAAGAGCGUGCUGAAUUGGAGGAUCUUACCGAAGACGUAUUUGAUUUGACAUUGCAAGAUAGAUCUGGAGAAGGAGAAAGCCGCAAUUAA